AUGGCAGAACGGCGCAACUCGGGGUCGCUAUCCUCCAUAGGGGGAAUGUCCCCAAGGGACAGCUCUGGCCCGACCACACCUCGAGGGGGCGUGGGUGGCAAGGGCAUACAGAUGCAGAUACAGCAAUUAGCAAAUGAACAGGAGAGGGUCCAGAAGAAAACGUUUACUAACUGGAUGAACACCUACCUCAAACAGAAAAAUAUGAAGGUGGAGAAUCUGUUUGAAGACAUCAAGGAUGGUGUUCAUCUUCUCUCUCUUUUGGAAGUUCUGUCGGGGGAGAAACUGCCAAUGGAGAGAGGGAGACUCAAAAGAGUUCAUCAUGUCAGCAACUUGUCCACAGCUUUGAAAUUCCUUGAAACCAAGAAAAUCAAACUUGUAAAUAUAAAUGUGUCGGACAUUGCUGAUGGGAAGCCGUCCAUUGUUCUGGGGCUGAUCUGGACCAUCAUCCUGUAUUUCCAGAUUGAAGACACGUUUGCUCAAGCUGGUGUGGGUGAGGAUGGCCAGCCACGAGAGUUAUCUGCCCUUGAGAAAUUUCGAAUGAAUGCAAAGAAGGCGUUGUUGGCAUGGACAGGAAAUGCUAUUACAAAACGCUAUGGAAUUGAAAUCAACAAUUUUGGGAAGAGCUGGCGUGAUGGUUUGGCGUUUAAUGCAAUCAUACACACAAUUCGUCCUGACCUGAUUGACUUCGAUCAAGUGCGACAACAGAAUGCACGUGUGAACUUGGAACAAGCCUUCUCCACCGCAGAGAAUUCUCUAGGAAUUCCACGUCUGCUUGAUCCAGAAGAUGUGGAUGUCGAGAAACCAGACGAGAAAUCCAUCAUGACAUAUGUGGCCCAGUUUCUGAAGGCCUACCCAGAGGCUGGAGAAGAUCCCUCACUUGCAAAGAGGAAGAAAAAUCCUGCAGAGCAGGAAUUGGCAGACUACACAGAUUUGAUGGCAUGGCUGAACAGUGAGGCAGAUGAAGUACUGCAGAUUGUUGACCAGCCAGUCACUGACCGACAGCAAGAGUACAUGGACUACCUGGCUUUUAAAACUGAGGUGGACAGGCGAGAGAAAAUUUUCAAAAAGUUAGAGGAGAAAGCCAAGACAAAGAGCCUCCAGAGGUUAACACCAGAACAGUGGAAGGAACUGGAUACUCGGUGGAACCAGGUUUAUCGACAGACAAGAAUGUGGCUGUGGAAACUGGAUGCUAGUCUCCCAGGGCGACUAGGAAAAUUUCACAAGGUGACUUUGGGUAUUGUGUCAAACUGGCUAAAUCAGGCAGAGGAAAUUAUGGAAUCAAAGCCAGAAGAACUAGAUAAUCAUGAAGACAUGGCAAAUCAGCUUGCUAAACUGGCUGGGGACCACAAGGAAUUUUUCAAGGAACUGGAACCCUACAAACAGUUUUUUGCUCAGGUGAAGAAAUCUGGUCGUUAUGAUGGUGAGUUUUUACCUGGACCACAGCUAGAUAAUUUAGCACAGAGAUUACAGGUCCUGGCAAAGGAAGCACCAGUACGGGAAAAGAGACUAGAGUUUGAUGAAUACCAUCAGAGAAUUUUAGCACUACGGGAGCCAACAGAGGCCCGUUUACUACAGUGGACAGCCAAACUUGGCAAACAAAAGGAAGUGGAACAGUUACUUAAUGACUACCAGGAUUUUGUCACAGCUGGACAUUUAUUUCGCCGUUAUGACCAUUCAUUUGAGGAACUGAAAAAAAGAGCUGAGGGCUUCAAGAAAAUUGCAGAUCAGGAUGAAAAGAGUCGAGUGACCAAGGUGAUGGAGGAGGAAUCCUCGGCCUGGAAAGAGGAUGCACCACAAGUGAAAAAGUCGGAAAAUGUUCUGGAAGACACUGUAGAGCAUUGGAAACGGUUCACAGUUUGUGUAGACAUUCUGACUCCCUGGGUAGAAGAAGGUGAAGCCAAACUAUCACACGGAACAACAGAAGACAAACAAAGCUUUUUCAGUGAGCUCCCACAAUAUGAAGAGAAACAGAACAUUUUAAAGGAGUGUGGACAGUACUUGAUUGAGGCAUGUCGUGAACCAGUGGCUGUCGAGGUUCAGCAAACUGUGGAUUAUCUAAUGCAAAAAUUUGUCGGUUUAUCAGAUGGGUUUACAACAUUCCAGAAUGUGGAAGUGAUUGGCAAGGCUCGGGUGUCUUAUGGCAAAGGUGUUGACAGGAUCUCAGAUUGGCUAAGAAAUGCUGAGGAACUGCUUGGUCUUGAAGUUCCUUGUGUACAUUCCACACUUAAAGAUUACCUACAGGAUAUUGAUGUAAGUGUCAAUCAUUCUACAUCCUUCUAAUCUUCUAAUCAAAUCACUGAUAUGGAGAAUGAUUUCAAAGUGACCACAAAAACAGCUCAGUCAUUAGUUAAGGAUAGCUCUCAGGAUAUUGUUAAUGAAAUGCUUCACACUCUCAACAUUCAAAAGGAAGUCAUUGUGAAGGUGAGAAAAGAAAUUCCUGAAAAACUGAAAUAUCUUAAAGCAGUGCUUCCAAAUGUUGAGUCCUUAGAGACAGGAAUUUCUGACUUGAACGCAUGGCUGGAUAAAGGAGAGGCUGUUCUUGCCACACAUAAGAUGGAGGGAACUCCUCCAGCUACAGAGGCUUGUCUUGAAAAACACAAGGCAUUUUUCUCAGAAGUUACCUACCAGAAAUCCAUCAUGGAAAGUAAAAAUAAAGUACACCAGAAAGUUUCAUCAACAAAACCCAAAUUAGACAAUGUCAACUUUGAUCCAGUCGAUAGACCAAUGGAUGACACCAACCAACGAUUUCAGGCAUGUAUUACGUCGGCCAAAGACUGGGAGAAAAGACUGGAGAAUCAGUCACGGCAAUGGCGAGUUCUCCAGCAGAAACAGGAAGCUGUGGAGGCGUGGCUAGCCCAGGCAGAGGCUGUGCUUAGUGACGGGGCUGAUGACCCAGAUAGUCUCAUUAGGAAACACAAGAAAUUCUUUAACCGUAUUGACAAUAGACUGUUUGAGGAUUAUCAAAACUGUGGGCAAGAAAUUCUGUCCAGUCUAGACCGACAGGAACAGGGUGAUCUCAAACAUAAUCUGGAUACCAUUCGGGAACGCUGGAAGGCGGUCACUAGCCAAGCCCCUAUCAGACUGACCAUGCUGGAGUUCCUGGUACCAGAGGAAAUUUACGUCCAAUGUCUGGACUCUGCUGAACAGACGCUUACACAAGAACGACAGUCAUUACAGAAAAAUGAAAAUGUCCGGGAGGUUCUAAGGAAGCACAGGCAACUGUUUGUGGAGGGUCAGUUUACACAGACCUGCACACAAUGCCUAGAGAAGAUGCAGAAGCUGGCUAAUGAUGUACUGAAGUUGGACCGUCGUGAGACAUCACUUCAGGACCGUUAUGAGGAACAUGCUGCUCGUUGGGCUCAGCUCAAUCAGGCUCUAGAUUCCACUCACCUUGAUUUGAAACAACUUCCGGAAAGAUGGAAAGAUUACAAUCAAAAGCUGGAUGACUUUCAAACGUCUGUGGCAGUGGUGGAAGAUCUGAUGGAACAACUUCAGAAUGAAAACCUGACAAGUGAAGAAUAUAAAGAUCUACAGAACAAGUUCCAGAAAGCAUUGAGGAACAUGCGUAAAUUUGAAGAUGAUGCUUCUUGGCUGCAAGAGAAUCUGGAUGAAUUACUUAAAGAUUCGCUAGAUGCUGAUAAUUCUGCUGAGCAGCGACGUCUUCGGGAACUGCUAGCUCGUUUCCAAGGGUUACAACCGAAGAUGCAGCCAAUAGGUGACAAAUCGGCUAUCUUUUCCAAGGCCUAUGACUUUCGAGAUGGCAUUGACAAGCGAGCUAAUUGGUUGGAGGAGACCCAGAAACUAGUGAUGGAUCAGCCAUUCAUUGAUGGACUGGAGGAUGCUCGAGCAUACCUUCAUGAACAUGAGAGCAUUAUGACAAAACUUGAGUCGGAACGACCCAACAUUAUGGCUGAUAUUGAGGCUGGCAAACGAUUGCAAAAGGAUCGCAAUGCACCCAGCUUUGUAAACAAGACUGUCACUGACCUAGACAGGAGGUGGAAAGACACUAAUGAACUUGCUAAAGCCAAGCAUGCUAAACUUAAGGAUAAGGUACGGGAUUGGGAACAGUAUGAGACCCAGAAGGGACAGAUGAUUCAGUACCUUAAGAAAGCUGAGGCAGAGCUAGAGAAACCUCCAGCCACUAAUGGACAAGAAAUUGCCCAGAAGGACCUCAACUCAAAGAAGGAACUUAAAAAUGCACUGAGCAGACUCAAGGGAAACAUCUCAGAGAUGCAGAAACUCAACGCUGCCCUCAGUGAAAGUGCCAGUCGUGAGAGACGGGGCCCACUGAAAGGGGAGCUCACCGAUAUUGACAAACGCCUAGAAAAUGUCUCUGUGAGACUCAACGCAAAAUUGGCUGACCUGGAGGCAACUAUUGCUAAGUGGACAGAGUACUACAAACGCCUGAACCACUUCUGUGAUUGGCUGAAUGAGAAGGAGGCUAAACUCAAUGAAGUAUAUGAAAAUAAAUCUGAUGCACCUGAAGAACAACUUAGCAAAUCAAAGGCAAUUGCAUCUGAAGUUUAUGAGAAUCAUAUUACCUUGGAAACAUUAGAAAAGGAUGCUAAAGGGAUGUCACAGAACUUCCGUUCACGAGAAACUGCAGCACUGCGGACAAAACUAGCUAGUAUCCGCCGACAGUGGGAAAGCUUGUGUUCACGUGCCAAGGACCGCAGCUCAGCACUGACAGGAAGCGUGGCUCACUGGCAGACACACCAGAACCUGUCACAGCACCUGAUGCCCUGGAUAGUGAAGGCAGAGAAAUACUGUGCCACUGAACUGCCCAAAUGUUCGUCCCUAGAUGAGGCCCGUGACCUUCACGACCUUCAUCAGUCCUUCCUACAUGAAUGUGAGGAACAGUUCCCCGUGUUUGAAAAGAUGAAUACAGAAGCAGGCUAUCUCAUGGAUCAGCCAAACAUGGCUAAAGAUAUGGAAACACUCCAAAAACGCUGGAAUGACAUCAUCAGUGCUUCAGAGGAGCGAAGCCACAAAGUUGACAAGAUGCAUGGAGCAUGGACUGCUUAUGACCAAGAACUCAACAACUUUGAUGAAGUUCUUGAGAAGUUACAGACCCGACUUGCACAAGAACCUAAUGUCAGCUCUACAGAUGUACAAGUUCUCGAGCAUGAACUUGCGAUUUGUAAGACCCUGCAGGAGGAGAUUCGUGGACAGCAGCCACAUCUUACUGCGUUACAGCGACAGUUUGAACAGGUGAAACAGCAUGCCACUCCAGAUGGUGUUAAGUCUCUUAAGUCAAAGCAUGAUGCUGUGAAAGGUGCAUAUGAAAAGAUCUCUGAGGAUGCCAGUGAGAGACAGGCCAUGUUGAAUGCAGCGCUGCGUCACAGACAGGACUUCUACAGUCAAUUACAGGACUUUGAGAAGUGGAUGAAGCGGACACAACGAAAACUGGACACUGGGAAUGAAAUCUACUCAGAUGAGGUUUCAGAAACACAAUCGAAACUAAAGGCUCUAAAGGCUGAGUGUGUCAAUCAAGAGCCGACCUUCACCACUCUCUCCCAGGAAUUCAAGGACUUGAUGAAAGGUUGUAAUGAGGACGAGGCAGCCAUUCUCAGUGAUCGAUUUGACCACAUAAUAGCUGGAUACACAAAGAUUGAGGACUUGAUCAAGAACAGAGAGGAACUAUGUGAUAACUGGUCAAGUUACGCAACUGACCAUAAGGACACACAGAAUCGCCUCAAGGUUCUGCAAGCCAAGCUAGCAUCACCAGACAUUACAGAGGAUGAAGUGACCAGGAUUAACAGAGAGGUCGAUGGACUCUGGCGUAGCAUGGGACCUUGGGCUCAGAAGGCUGAGAAACUUGAUGAUCUGAUGGCAGCAUCACAGAUGACUAUCAAAGAUCGUGCAACACAGCGGACUUUACACUUCGGCACGGAGGUUCAGGCAAUUGAGGGCAUGUGUGGUAAUGUGUCUACAAAUGCCAAGCAGAAAGAGGAUCACCUGGGCGAACUGACACAACUAUGGGAGGACUUCACAGACAAGAAAGAAGGACUUGUUGAUAAAUUACAUGCACUUGCUCAGAAGAUUGACGGUGCUACUGUAGAGACCUCUAGUCUCCAGGGCAUCAAGGACUUGGUGCGAGAAAUUGAGGAUGCAAGGGAUGACUUAUUCACAUACAACCCUGAGUAUGAACAACUACGUGAGCUUGGUCGACAGAUCAUGCAGGCAGAUAUCAGUAAAGGUACCCCUGUUCAGGCUAACUUGUCCGAGGUUAACAUGGCAUGGGACCAGAUCCAAGCUCUACUCGCCCAGAAACACCAAACAUUCUCCGGAGCAGCAAACCUAUGGCAGCAAUACAAUGAUGCCAAACAAGGUGUGGCACGUGUUAUGGAGGAUAUAGAACCUGUCACCUCACAGGAUAUUACAUUUACUACCCAGGCAGAGGUGAAAAAGUCUCUCGACCAACACAAGAAUGCAGAAUUUGAACUUCAUGCAAACCAGUCUCAACUGGACCAGAUGAACAACCGUGGCCUACAGCUGCUGGAGGAACUAAAGAAUUUGCCAAACUUCAAUGUGGCUGUGCUAGAACAGGACAUGGACCAGGUCAACCAUAAGUGGGAGACUGCCAAUUCUGAUGUUGAAAGUCACAAGGAGAAUCUCGAGGCUCAGCUUGUCUGUUGGGAACAAGUACAGACUGGUAAAGAAGAGGUUGAGUCUUGGGUCAACGCUAUGGUUACCAAACUGGACGACAGCCUCAAACAUUUUGAUGACGCUGUCAGUGUGGAAUCUUGUCUAAUGAAAUACAAGGAGGAGGCUCCUUAUUUCCAAGAAGUGUUUGCAGAGCUACAACAGAAGGUUCAGGACUUAACUGAGUUAAACAAGGACCAUGAGAUUCCAGAGCUUGUCAAUCAGCAAGAGGCUAUAGAGGACCAGAUACAGAAGGCUACAAACAUGGCCAACAAGCUGGAGAACAUCAUGAGCAACUUCUCAGACGAGCGUGGUACUCUAGAGAAGGAGGUUGAAAAGGAGGUCAAAUUUGUCAACAAGAUCAAAGACAAGCUGGCCAAAUGUGACGAUGUUUCUGGAACUGAUGAAGACCUUGUUAAGAGGCUGAAGACAUGUAGGGAACUACAAGCAGAAAUGGACAGUCACAGGAAGAACAUCAAAGAUUUACAAGAAAAAUCAAAUGCACUUCAAGCUAAAUAUCCUUCAGCAGAAACGAGUAAUCUCGCCAAAGAUGCGAUAGUGCUUACCAAGAAAUUUGAAGCUUCUCGGAAUCGGGCAGACAAGAUUGAGGACACCCUGGAAAGCUCACUAGAACAGCACUGCCAGGACGCCCAGUUACAACAGCAGCGCUGGCUCACUGCUGCCAAGGAGAAGGUGGCCUGGUGUGGAGACAUUGCUGGUGAUCGUUACAGUGUGGAGGCCAAGCUCGGCACCAUCAAGGAACUCAUGGCAAAUGCCAAGGAAGGAGAGAAGAAGAAAUCAUUGGCUGCCUCAAAGAUUGAUAUGGUCAAGACUGUCCUGCCCAAGGAGAAACAAGGAGAGCUUGAUAGACAGAAGAAAGCAGCAGAGAAAGACUGGGCAGAUCUCGUCAGUCAGAUGGACAGCACACAACACAAACUGGAGAGUUCCAUUGACCAAUGGAUGCAGUAUGAUAAUAAGUAUGAAGGCCUGUCCCAGUGGCUGAAGGCCACCGAGGCGAAAGUUCGUAAUGAAGCGAGUCUAAAACCGGAUUUACAGAACAAGAUGGACCAAUUGGAUCUCUUUAAUGAAAUGGAACAAGAGGUUCUCUCCCAUCGUCCUCAGUUUGAAGCAUUGAAGGAUUCUGCCCAGGAAAUCUCACGAUCAACUGGAGAUGGACGCACUGCAUCCUAUGCUGGACAACUAUACACACGAUAUCAGUCUUUGUCCGCCUCCGUAAAGGAACAAGUCGAGAAGUGUGAGGAAAAUGUAGAUGACCACAAUAGUUACCUACAGCGACACAAAGCAUGUGUUGAGUGGUUAAAAUCAGCCAAAGAAAACCUGGAGGAUUGUACCAAUCUGGCUGACGAUCCACAGUCUCUACAGGCCAAGAUUGACACUGUCGAGGAACUGCUAGAAAACAAGGAACAAGGCCUUGGCAGAUUUAACUCCGCUUUAGAAUCUGGAGAGAAACUCUACCCAAACACAUCCAAUGAUGGACGGGAGGGUAUUCGCCGUGAACUACGAUCUCUUCGUGAGAUGUGGGAGUCUUUUAACGAUGGUCUUAUUGAUACUCAACGUCAACUGGAGAGUAGCCGCAUGCAGUGGUCAACAUUUGAUGACAAUUAUGACCAAUUGUCUAAGUGGGUGUCAGACAUGGAGGGUCAGAUAGAGGAUGACCAGGAUCUGUGUAAUUCCCUACAGGAGAAGAAAGCCAUGCUGCAGCAUUACCGGACCCGUUGCCAAGACAUCAUGUCACAUCAGACGAUGAUUGACAGCAUCAGUGAUAAAGGGACAGCACUCUCAUCAACACAAGCCAAGAGCAAGCUGAAUCAGCUCCACAACCGUUAUCGCACACUUUGUGGUAGUGCACAGGCCCAGGUAAAGACUGCUGAGGGCUUCGUUGACCAACACCAGGUAUACCAGGACAGCUACCAGCAGUGUCGGGACACCAUGGCGAUGAUUAAGGACAAGCUUGCCGUCUGCUCAGAGACCACUGGUGAUCGACAGGCACUACAGAAUAGGCUGGAUAGAGUACAGGAUCUGAUGACUUCUCUCCGUGAUGGUGAGAAAAAGGUCAAGGCCACACAUAUGCAGGGUGAGAAGUCAAUGCCCCAGACAGGUAAACUGGGUCAGGCAACAAUCCAAGCAGAACUAGAAGCACUGACUACUGACUGGGAAGGCGUGGUGUCACGUUUGGGAGAUACUCAGCAGAGCUUAACUCAUGCUAUCCAGGCCAUGCAGAGUUACGACAGCUCAUGUGAGUCACUCAACAGGUGGCUCCGUGAUGUUGAGGUACAGAUAAAAGACCAUGACCUCAAACCAUCACUCACCGAGAAGCAUGCUCAGGUGGACAAGUUCAAGACUCUACAAGCAGACGUACAAUCAAAGCAGCCACAGUUUGAUGAACUGUCCAACAUGGCAUCCCAAGUACAAGGCGCAGACACGCGACUGGUCAACUUCAGCACCCAGCUUGGGACACGAUACCAGACUGCAAAAACCAACUUAAGGGAUAUGAUAAUGCGACAGCAGGAAAAUGCCAGAGAACAUGAAGCUUACCAAGAAAACUUUGCAGAGUGUUCUGAGUGGGUUGACACGCUUCAUAAACGUCUGCAAGUUUGUGCAGAUGUCGCUGGUGAUAAACAUGAUGUGGAAGACAGACUUGCUAAAUUGCAGGAACUCAUGGUAGAAAAAGAGCAGGGAGCUGCCAAGAUCCACUACACUGUUGAAUGUGGUGAGAAAUUGUACCCAAGCACUGCGUCUGAAGGGCGUGACGUCAUACGCCAGGAGCUGCGAGGACUCCGCGACCAGUGGGAACAGGUCUGUGACACACUGUCUGACACACAACGCAAGCUUGACACUUGUCUCCUGCAGUGGUCCUCAUAUGACGAGAACUUUGAACAGUUCCAAAAAUGGCUUCUGGAUACAGAGAUACAGUUGAGAGAGGAUACAGACUUACGAGCUACAUUGCCAGACAAGCGGGCACAGCUCCAGAAUCACAGGGUUCUUCACCAAGAUAUAAUGUCCCGUCAGCAUGUCAUGGACAACUUGUCGGAGAAAGCUUCAAAGCUGUCCCAUUCCACACCAUCGACCAAGGUGGGCAAGUUUGUGGAUGAGUUACACAGAAAAUAUGAGAAGCUGUGUGGCGAGUCGAAGGAGCACCUGGGGGAGCUGGAGACUGGAGUGAAGGACCACCAGAUGUACCAGGACACUUAUCAGGACUGUCAGGACUGGCUCAACUCUUCACGCGAGAAAGUUGAGGCCUGCUCAGACACUUCUGGGGACAAGAUGUCAAUUCAGCAUAAACUUGACAGGCUUAAGGAGUUUUCUGAGAAAGUUGAAGAUGGUAAUCACAAACUUAAAGCUACCAAGGAACUAUGUGAGAAAACAGCACGGAAGACAAGCCAGCCUGGCCGUGAGGUACUGCGCCGUGAAGUGGACCAUAUCCAGGGAGACUGGGAGGAUUACCUCGCUCUCAUGUCGCAGGCUGAGGAGGAUUUAGGCAACGCUCUUGUACAGUGGGGUGACUUUGAGGGCAAGUUUGGUGCAUGUAAUGCAUGGCUCAAGGACAUUGAACUGCAGGUCAAAAACUAUGAGCUAAAGUCUACACUGAAAGAGAAACAAGCACAAGUGGAGAAGUUCAAGAGACAACGUGAGGAGAUCCUCACCCACCAACCUGAGAUUGAUCGCUUCACUGAUGAUGCUCAGAACCUGAUGCAUACUAGUGCAGAUGCAAGACUUAGUACUCAAGUAUCUCAACUGACCAAUCGGUACAGAGGCCUUCUCUCACUGGUCAAGGAUCUCAUCACAAAGUGGGAGAAGUAUGUACAGGAUCAUCAAGGCUACGACAAUCGUCACCAGGAAUUCAAGACCUGGCUUACACAAGCAACAGAGAAACUUGAUGCCUGUCAACGUCCAGCAGCUGACCAAGAUUCGAUGGAGGAGAGACGGGUCAUGAUCCAGAUGUUGUUAGCGGAGAAGGACCAUGGUCUUCAGAGACUGAACUCUACCAUAGAAUCUGGAGAACGUCUUUAUCCAGACACAGCCUCUACGGGACGAGAGAAAGUUCGUCAGGAAUUACGCCUUGCCAAAGAUGAAUGGGAUAGGCUGUUCAAUAAUCUUAAUGAUGCCCAGCGUCGUGUGGAAUCCUACAUGAUGCAGUGGACCUCAUAUGCUGACGGACAGGACCAACUCCUCCGAUGGAUGCUGGACACGGAGACAGCAUUAUCAUCUGAUGUUGACCUUAAAAACACAUUACAGGAAAAGCGCACCAAACUUCAGACUGUCCGGGCCCUUCUGCAGGAUAUUUUGUCUCACCAACGUCUUGUUGACUCAGUGAUAGAGAAGGCACAGGGCGUUCUCCAGAGCACAUCCAAUCCGGAAGUGAAGACAUUCAUCACGGAUAUCAACUCCCGUUAUGAGAACCUCACCACAUCCUCAAAGGCAAUAAUUCAACAGUCCGAGCAGAAUGUGGUGGACCACCAGCAGUAUCAGGACUCUCUACAGGCUGCAGUUGACUGGCUCACCUUGAUGAAAGAUCGUGUCAGCAUGUGUUCAGAUACAUCUGGAGACAGACAUACCCUCAACAACAAACUAGACAGAGUACAGGAGUUGUUGGCCUCAAUCCCAGAAGGCACUGCAAAGGUCAGUGAGUGUGAAGAGUUAGCAGCCACUUCCAUGGAAACAACAGCCCUGAAAGGUCGUCAGAGCAUUCAACAGGAAAUGGAUAUGCUCAAGAUGGACUGGGACAAUUACACAUCUCAGAUCAAGGGUCUGCAUGAUGGGCUUGAUCGUGCUGUCCAGCAAUGGGGCAAGUACGAGGAGCACUAUGAUCGGAUAUCUCACUGGGUCAAGGACAUGGAAAAGAAAGUUAAAGAAUCUCCACUCAAGUCUACAUUGGACGACAAACAGCUACAGCUGCAAAAAUUCCAGGAAAUCACACAAGAAAUCUCUGAGUUCCACACAGAAAUGGACGAGUUUGUUUCUCUGGAAUGUGCUUUGAUGACUGAGGUCAGAGCACAUCAACGUGAAAUGGACCACUUCUCAGACGAGGCACAGACACUACAGCAGCUGACAGGAGAAGCGCGAGUGGGCACCUCUGUUUCACAGCUGAUGUCACGCUACCAAAGUUUACAACAAAAUGUUAAGGACCAACUGAAGAAGUGUGAACAGAAUGUGGCAGACCAUAAGCACUACAAGGAUCGCCAUGCUGAUUGUUCACAGUGGCUGAACAAGGCAAAGAACAAGUUCACAACCAGUGCUGAAACAACUGGUUCAAGAAAUGAGCUUGAAGACAGACUUGAAAAGAUUCAGGAAUUAGCCACAGAGCGUGAUGCUGGUUUCACUAAGUUGAACCAAGUUGUAGAAGCUGGAGAAAAACUGUACCCAAAUACAGCACCAGAUGGUCGUGAGGUGGUACGACAAGAAUUGCGUCAGGUUAAGCUUGCUUGGGAAAGUCUGUUUGAUGACCUCUCAGCUGCUCAACGUAAGAUGGAGGUAGCGCUUGUACAGUGGACAUCCUUUGAUGACAGCUUUGGUCAGGUGGAGCACUGGCUCCGUGAGAUGGAAUCUCAGCUGGACGGUAUGGUGCCACUCCGGUCCACACUCGAGGAGAAAAAAAGUCAAUUACAGAACUACAAGGUACUUCAUCAAGAUGUACUGUCAUACCAGCGUGUGAUGGAUAGUGUCAAUGAUAAGGCCCAGAAUCUUGCCCAGAGCAGCACUGACCCACAACUCUCUAAAUUUGUCACACAGGCACGAACACGCUACCAGAAAAUCAGCUCCUCCUCAAAGGAGCGUGUCCAGCAGUAUGAGGUGUUUGUGGCCGACCACCAACAGUACAACGAUGCCUACAACAACUGUAUUGAGUGGCUCAAUGGUAUUCGUGAGAAACUCUCUAUGUGUGCCGAUGUUUCAGGAGAUCGUCACACCAUACAAAACCGUCUUGACAAAAUCCAGGGUUAUUACACUGGCCUGUUAAAAAGUGACAUUGUCGCGACUAAAAUGGAAGGUGAACCUAAGGUUAAGAAUGUAGUGAGUCUUUCUGAGAAAGUACUACCAAACACAGCACCACAGGGCAAAGACAUUGUGAUGAGAGAGACAGACGCUCUGAAGGAUGACUGGGAGGCCUUCGUCAAUGCCCUACAGAAGACCAAAUCUGACCUGGAGAGCUGUAUGGAUCAGUGGAAGGAGUUUGAUGCUUGGCAGGAGAAAGUGUCAGCCUGGCUUAAGGAUAUGGAGGUCAAAGUUCGUGAUACAGAGCUCAAGGCUACACUAAAAGACAAACAGUCUCAACUGGACAAGCUAAAGAAACUUCACAAGGAGAUGAUUGACCACCAAGGUGAUGUUGAUACUCUGAGCGAUACAGCCCAGGACCUGGUUCGUGUCAGCACUGACACUCGUGUGAUCAGCCAGGCGUCACAACUUGGCACCAAAUACCAGACAAUCUAUAUCAAUAUCAAGGAAUUAUGCCGUCGCUGGGAGCAGUAUGUGCUAGACCAUCAGGCAUACACAUCAUCUUUCAACCAGUGUAAGACUUGGCUCAAUGAAAUGAGGAAGAAGCUUCAGGUCCAUUCUGACAUCAGUGGUGACCGCCAAGCUGUCCAGGGGCGUCUAGGAGAUGUCCAGGAGCUGAUGGGUGACAAGGAGGAAGGACUACAUAUGCUCCAGAUUGCCCUUGAUAACCUUCAGAUUGUGUUGCCCAAUACCUCUGUCCCGGGGCGUGACAACAUGAGGCGCGAGAUGCAGGGACUUCAGGCAGAGUACGAUGCCUUAUCAGGGGACCUCAACGAUCUCAAGACAAAACUAGAUGGCACACUGACCCAAUGGACAGUAUAUGAUGACAGUAUUGACCAGCUUGACCGAUGGUUGUUUGAUCUGGAGAAGCAGCUGGAGAAUGAGUCGCAGCAACAGAACACAUUACAGGAGAAACGACUUCAGCUGGAAAGAGUCAAGGUUCUGCAGCUAAAUGUCAACAGCCAACAGAGUACCAUUGACAAUCUCAAUGAUAAGUCAGAGAAUCUAAAACAGACCAGUAAGGAGGCCAAUCUCGGAAACCAGAUCCGACGACAAGUCAGUCGAUACGAACGGCUUCUUGGUCGGGUAAAGGAUCAACAGGUAAAAUGUGAGAAAAAUGUUAAAGAUCACCAAGCCUACCGUGACGCCUUCAUGGAGACUUCUGAUUGGUUAGGAACUGCCAUCGAGGCACUCAAUGCUUGUAGUGAUGUACGAGGAGACAGAACCGCCAUAGAGGCUCAGCUUCACAAACUUCAGGAUGUGUAUAGCACAAAUGAUACUGGUAAAGAAAAACUGGAGCAGACCAUUGUGAAGGGUGAGAUUGUCUUACCGGAGACAUCCACACAAGGACAGGACCUCAUUAAGGAAGAACUGGCUAUGUUGUCCAAUGAAUUUGAAGGAUUUGUUAAUGAGUGUGAUGAACUCAACUCAAACCUUGCUCGUCUCCUGGAGGAGUGGAAUAAGUAUGAGGAACAGUAUAACGAACUCAGUCAGUGGAUAAAGGACACAGAGACUGACAUGAAGGCCGACUCGGAGCUGAAGGCAACGCUGGAGGACAAAACUGUGCAAGUGGAGAAACAACAUGGUGUCCAUGAAGAGAUUCUCAACAAACAGACGGCAUUUGAUGCUCUAGCUGAACGCUCACAGACCUUACUUCAGUCUACAACAGACAAUCGUGUGACCUCUCAACUCACUCAAAUGAGCUCUCGCUACACAAGUCUUAUAGCAGCCUCAAAGGAGCUGUUUAAGCGGUAUGAGCAAUACACACAGGACCACGCCCAGUAUGCCGAUACUUUCACUGAGGCAGCUACCUGGCUCCAGUCUACCCGUGACAAGGUAUCGGUUUGUGCCGAUACAUCUGGGGACAAGUUUAUGAUACAGAGUCAGCUGGAAAAACUACAGGAGUUUGUCGUAGUUAAAGAGGAGGGUCAGCUGCUGAUUCACACGGCAAACACAUGGGGCGAGAAAACCAUGACAAACACGUCAAUGGACGGUCGUGAGAUGAUCCGUAAGGAGCUACAACAGCUUCAGCAGGAGUGGGAGAACAUGCUAGGAGAGAUCACUGACACCAAGGUUAUGCUUGAGUCAUGUCUGCUCCAGUGGACUGACUACAGCGACAGCUACGACAAAAUCCACAAAUGGCUGCGCGAUAUGGAGAAGCGCCUGCGCGAGACUGAAGCCAAGGUGGACCUUGGUGAGAAGAAAGCUGAGCUACAGAGACUCAAGGGGCUGUACCAAGAUGUUAUAUCCUACGAGCAGAUGAUUGAGUCUAUUGGAGUCAAGGCCACUGACCUGUCCUCCAAGAGUCCCAUCAGUAAAGCGUCAACUGAUACAUCCAAUAUAGUGACCAAAUAUGGUGCCAUUAAAGACCAAGCCCAGGAAUUGCUGGCCAAGGCUGAACAGUGUGUAGCCCAGCACCAGGCUUACCAUGACUCUUGUAAUGGCUUCCUGUCAUGGCUUCGAACUGCACGGGAAAAAUUGGCCACAUGCUCCGACACAUUUGGCGAGAAAUCUGUCAUCAUUACCAAGAUUGAAAGAGCAAAGACUCUAACAGCAGACAUCAGCCAAGGAGCACAGAGACUGACUGAGGCAACCAAGGCAGGGGAGACCACUCUCUCAUCAACAUCAGCAACAGGACAGACCAAAAUCCGUCAAGAACUGGCAUCUAUGAAGCGCGACUUUGAGGAAUAUCGUACUCAACUGACUGAUGCACAAGAAGACCUUGAGCGAUGUCUGACUCGCUGGAGUGACUUUGAGGAAAGCUAUAAUUCAUUCAAUAGCUGGCUGAAGGAGACUGAGAGUUACCUUCGGGCUGACCUUGACCUUAAAUCAUCAUCUGACGAGAAGAAGAGACACUGGGAUCAGUACCAGAAUUACCUGGAAGAUGUGUUGGCCAAGCAGAGCUCUUUAGAUAAGGUAAACGAGAGGGCACAAGCUUUACUCCAGACCAAUGCUGAUGCAAAGACAUCACAUGCCAUCACUCAGCUGACCACACGAUACCAGGGUGUGAUUGCUCUGUCCAAGGACAUAGUCAAAAACCUGGAGACCUACUUCGAAAAUCACCGGACAUACAAACAAAACUUGGAGGAUUUUCAGGACUGGUUUCAGGACACUCAACAAAAUCUCCGACAAGUUCAGGACUCAGCUGGAUCCAAAGACGAUGUUGGAAGCAAGAUCAGCAUGAUCGCUGCAAUACAAGCAGCCAUGGACAAAGGACACAAUCAUCUCAGAGCAUUGCUGGAAUGUUCAGAACGUGUACUACCCAACACCAACCAACGUGGCUGCCUCGUUGUAAAACAGGAGACGGAAAGUGCCAAACAAGACUAUGAGAAUCUGUUGACAGAUGUGUCACAGGCCAAGCGAAACUUGGAAUCUGCGCUGACCCAGUGGAGUGACUUUGAUCGCUUGUAUGAUCAUUUCAACAACUGGCUAGCAGAUGUAGAAACCAAACUCAAUAAUGACCCAGAACUUCGUGCUGACCUUCCGGAAAAACGUUCCAGCCUGGAGAAGAGUAGGGCUUUACAAGCUGAUGUUGCUGCUCACAAAGAAGCUCUCACAAAAUUAGAGGAUAAAUCCUCCAAUUUGAGGGAUGGACGUCCACAGACUGUAGCUUCUGAUCUCCGGUCUCGAUUCAACAAAGCAGCUAACCAGUCGAGGGACCUGACUGAGCGUCUGGAGGACCAGGUACAAAGCCAUGAGGAAUACAGACGAGCUUAUAUAGCAUGUCUUGAUUGGCUCGCUAACAACCGACACAGACUGCAACGUCUUAGUGACUACUCUGGUGAUCGGAGAACACUACAAGACAGACUUCAGCAACUCAAGGACUUCAAGGGAGAGAUGCGCCAGGGUCAAGACAUGGUCAACAAUGCUACACAGCUUGGUGAGCGUGUUUGUCAGACGACAGCCCCUCGUGGACAAGAAGCCAUACACAAGGAGUUGACAAACUUGAAAGAGGACUGGAACUCAUUUGCCUCCUCUGUCAAUGAGAUGGAGGCUAACCUAGAAGCUUGUAUCGGGAACUGGCUUGAACUCGAUGAGGAAUACCAACGCUUCCACCAAUGGGCUGAAAAAAUGGAGGGCAAAGUCAAAGGUCUCCAAGAAAACAAACCUGACCAACAGCGCAAAGAACAGCAGCUCAUGGACGCAGAGGAUGUUUUUGAUGAAGUGCUGAAGAGAAAAGCAGCUUUGGACCAUGUCAAGGAUAGAACAGAUGCUGUGUCACAGAGGAGUUCAGAUCCUCGUAUCUCUAACAACAUGAUGCUUCUCUCUGCCAAGUACCAGGGACUGGUGUCUGCUGCCAAGGGAAUGGUCCACAGACUGUCGGAGAAUGCCAAAGACCACAAAAGUUACAACACAGCCUUUGAUGAGGCUGCUGAUUGGCUAGCAGAGGUGGACGAACGAGUCAAUGUAUGCAACGACACAUCAGGUGAUUGGCAUGCUGUUCAGGAUCGUAUGGACGAUAUCAAGGAUAUAACAACAAACAUGGACGAAGGUCUGAGAAAGGUGAACCUGGUUUGUGACCUGGCCGAGAGAAUUCUGCCUAACACUUCAUCAGAUGGUAAGCGAAUCAUUGAACAGCAGGUCACUGAGCUGACAAAUGAGUGGGAAAAACUAAACCAGGCAAUCUCAGAGACUUCAGCCAUGUUGGAAGGUGUUCAGGAUCGCUGGAACGACUAUGAAGAAUACUAUGGUAGUCUGAUUAAGUGGCUUGCAGACAUGGAGAACCAACUCGCCAUGGAUCCUGAUCCACGUGCCCAGCUGGUGGAGAAGAAGACCCAGCUUGACAAAUUCAAGCUGGUGUUGAGUGAUGUGGAAAACCACCAUCGACUUGUGAAUGAGUUAUCGGAACGUGUCGCUAACCUGGAGGCUCUGAGUGAGAACCAGGAGGUGGCUGAUACACUGUCUAAUGUUCAGAACCGGUACGAAGGUGUCCUCAGGAGAGCACGGGAAAUAGUGGCCAAACUUGAACAAGCCUACCAUGACCACCUUGAUUUCCAUGAGGCUCAGCAGGACAGUGAGAAAUGGCUGCUGCAGACGUCAUUCAAACUCAUGUCGCAUAACUCACUCAAUGUCAGUACCAUGGAACUCACUCAGCGGCAGAUUGACAAACAUCGGGGCCUAAUUAAGGAGAUUGAAGGCUAUCGAUCAACUUUGGAUGAGGUCUCACACCGAGGCCGUACUCUGGUUCAGGACAAUGCGCGAGUUCCUAAGAUGGCACAGCAGGUUCAAUCACAGAUGCAGAACUUGGAGGAAAGUUAUCUCAACUUACAGACCACAGCUGAGCAGAUCAGGAAUCGUCUUGCUGAUGUCAUGCAACGCUGGCAGGACUACAAGGAUCUGCUGGAUAGGAAUGACCAGUAUCUUAAUGAAGAAUUCCCACGCUGGCUUGGUGAUUGUGAUGCUCAGGUGCCUGAUAACUUACAGGCUGCCCAGAAUAAACUGGACAACAUUAGGACAAUGUGGGAGAAAUUGAAUGGCAUGAAACAAGAAAUGACAAAUGCAUCCCAUCGUUUUGAUAAUCUGGGUAGCAUGGAUAGUCUCGACCAGAGUGAAAAAGACCUGCCGUCCCCAGUAGCAGUGCUUGCCGAUCAAGUUACCACUGAACUCAAGGAAGCCAUCUCACAGGUUGAAAACCGCAUGGAAAAUGUUCGGGAUACUAUUGGUCAGUGGGAGUCUGUCGAUCGUCAGAGAACUGACUUGCGGAACUGGCUACACAGUAAACAGGAAGAAUUACAGGUGAUGGAACAGCGACCUGCGAAACUCCACGCUGAAGCAGCUGAACUGGAAAUAGCAAAUCUACAGGCUCUGAGGGAAGAAGUACAAGGGCGUGGACCGGCUGUAGAUGCAUUCUUAAAUCGGUACCGGGAUUUGACCCAGCACAACCCUGCCCUCGUAGACCCAGUGAUGCGUGCUGUGCGAGAGGACUGGGAAGAACUCCUUGGACAAAUUGAGAAUCUACUGGAGGAUAGGGAACAAGCUCUCCAGAGUAACCGUGACCUCCAGGAACAACAAACAGACAUGGAUCAAGAUCUGGCUAAUUUCGUUGAGGAGCUAGAGAAGAUCGAAGCUGCAGAUGUUGCUGUUGUGGAGAAGUCAGCCCAGCUAAAGAACCUGUCUGAUCAGCUGGACCAACGACGAGAUGCUGUGGAUGGACUGCGGACAAAAUCUGGUGAUACCCUCAAGCGCGUCAGCCAAGCCGACCGUGAACUGGUGGAGGGACAGAUCAAAGAGAUUGAGAAACGCCACAGUGAUGUACAAGCACGAGCUGCCCGGAGCCAGAGGAAACACAGAAUUCUGGGUACAAACCUGGAAGAGAUCCAGGGUGAGGUUGAUACGUAUAUGAAAUGGCUCAGUGAGAAGGAGGCAGAGCUAACACAGGAUACGCCCCUUGGCUAUAGCGUCAAGGAUGCAGAAGUGAUGCUCACAAAACAGAAGGAGCUUGUUUCUGAGCUGGAGGCGCGACAACUGACCAUAGACAAUGUUAGCCAUAAGGUCGAGGCCCUGGUUCAGGAUCUGCCCCGUAAAGAACGUGAGAUGGUAGAGAAAUGGGUGACCAUGAUUAACACAGACCACCAGAGGGUUUAUACCCUAGCUGUGGACAAGCAAAAACUGCUUGCAGAAAAUGUUGGCCAUCGGGAACUGUUUCAGACUAGUCUCAAUCGCAUCAACAUGUGGCUACAGAAUAAAGAUAGAGAUGCUAAUAAAUUGGAGGCAAUCCGUCUACAGAGCUUUGAAGCUGAGAAACAACUGGACAAGUGUAAGGUUCUUUUGUCCGAAGUUCAGGGCUACAAACCUAACAUUGAGAGUCUGGCCAGGCAAGCAAAAACUCUAGAGGUUGACUGUCCACCAGAGAGAAUUGCCGAACUUCAACAUAAACUUACAGAUGUGCAGUCUCGGUAUGAUGAUCUUAAGUCCCUUUUAUUGGAGUCUCAAGGUCGUUUGAAGGACAGCUUAGCCUCUCGGAAGGUAAUGGAGGAAGAUGUCCACAAGGUUGAACGAUGGUGCAAGGAAACCGAGAUGAAAUGUGCAACAGAGCCAUGUGUAGACUGUGCAAUAGAAGUACUGAACGAACAGUACAAGCAAUAUAAGACACUGGACAAUACAUCCCACAUGUUUGAAUCUCUAAUCAAGGAAAUAAAUGACCGUGGCCAGACAAUGUACCCUUCCCUUUAUGAAGCGGACAAAUUCAGACUGGACCAGACUCUCAAGACCACUACAGAUAGAUAUGAAAAGGUUGAUUCCAUGGUGAAGGGUCGCCUAGCUACCCUGGAAAGUGCUAUAGCCACACGAAGUCAAGUCCAUGAUGAGAUUGAGAAGGCACAGGAGAUGUUAGUGGCCAUACAGGACGACCUGCGUCAGAUAAAUAAACCUCUCGGUAUUACUGUAGAUGAUGCAGAAGACUCGCUCCGUAGAUAUGAAGCUGUUGGAGAAAAAAUGGCCUCCUACCAACCAUCCAUAGCCCAGCUAAACCAGGCAGUGGAGCGCCUGAGGAACACAGGACAGAACUCGGAGGCAGAUGAGAUCCUGCAGCUGACAGCCCAGUAUGAACUUCUGGAGGACCAAGUUGAGCAGCAGUGCCGCAAAUGUCAACAAGCCAUCGCUCUCCGUCAGCAGUAUGCUGACCAGAAAUCUGCCAUAGAGGCCAUGGCAACAGAGUACAGACAGGAAGUUAAAGACAUUGAGGAACAAAGUCUUCCUCUUCCUGUCAAAGUGGAAAAACUCAAGGCUGUGUCUGAAAAGGUAACCACAGCUGAACCCUUGCUCACUGUUCUCGGUGACAAAGCACAACAAUUGAGCAUUGAGAGUAAAACUGAAGAUGCACGAAAGGUGUUUGACGAGUCGCAUACACUGCGUGAGGAGCUGGAGCAACUGAAGAAAGCUGCAGACAGGAAGUCCAAACAGUGUGAGAUGCUUCAGCGCAACAAGGACGAAUAUGAAAAUACAAUAUCAGCAGCAAUCGUUUGGCUGGAACAGAAAGAGGAUGUUCUUGCUGCUUGUAAUACACUAGAUAUGGAUACCACUAAGGUGGACCAGGCUAUGGACAAACACAAGACUUUGUCUAAAGAAGCACUGGAGAAACUAGACAUGGUCAAGGACAAGGCACAACUUGAGAUGGCCAUUUACCAGAAACUGGACGAACCAUUACCUCCAGCUGUUGUGGAAAAGUUGGACCAGAUUAAAACUCUAGAGGACUCCAUUAAGAAUGCCAUCUGUAAGAAGGAAAGCUACCUAGAGGAAGCCAAGGGUGACAGAGAACAGCUUCAGAUGUCAAUGAAACAGAUUACUGAGUGGCUGAGUGGGGCUGAGGACAUGUUAGAUUCGGGGUACGAUGGUCUGGAUUACGACACACUUAACGACACGCUCAGUGAACAGAAGGACUACUUUUCUGAGGCAAGUAUGUGCCAAGAUGAGAUGGAACAGGUGAUGGAUCUGUCGGAGCGCCUCUUACCAACACUCGACAACAACGACCGAGAAACUUUGCGACAAAUGCUUAAGAAUACCAAUCAAAAACUGGCGAAUGUGAUGGCUGGUUCUUCACGGCAACAACAGUUCCUAGAACUGAAAGCUGAUGAGUGGAGAACCUUCCAGGAGGAUGGAUAUGGUGUGAUUGAGCAGAUUGACCAGAUGGAGGAGGAAUGGGGUGUGUUGGAACAUAUGCCCGUCACCACUCCUGACGCGAUUCACAAACAGGCUGUUGCAACCAAGGAGUUCCUAGCGAAGAUUGAUGAGAUGAGACCAUCAGUAAACGACCUCAAUGAUAAGUUUCGUGAGCUAGAAAAAACUGGCAAUGCCUCCAGCAGAGCCAUGGUCAAUAAAUUGAUCACAGAGGUUAACGCUCGAUGGAACAACCUGGUCUGUCAGACAGAAAACAAACAGAUGACGAUGCAGGACCUUGGAGCACAAUGGGACGAGUACAACACCCUGCUGUAUGCUGUUGAGAACAUGUUGCAAGAGGCAGACGAAUCACUUCCUGUUGUAGAUGUGGAGAACAUGACAGCUCAUGACUUAGUGACAAUGCUUAACAAUACAAAGGCCCUAGCUACCAAACUUGACAUCUCAGCACCAAAGAUAGAUGCACUGAAGAAGAGUGCACAAAAUCUACAAAGGAAUCUGCCAACCGCUGAAGCAAAAGUCCAGAAUCAGGAACAGGUCAUGACCCUGCUGGAGAAACUGGAAAGAAUAACUGAUCAGGUCAGCGAACAGGAAGCCGUGAUUCUGGAAGAAAUAGAUGACAGGAGUUCUUUCCAAACUGAGGCUGAUCAAACAGUGGCCUGGCUUUCGGAGACGAAACAGGAACUAUCUCACAUGGACCCAGGCAAGGAAGUGUCUGAUGUAAUGGAGAAAAUGGAAAAACAAAAGGUUCUCGAGCAAGAGAUCUCCAUUCGUAUGGACCAAAUGCGUCACAUGAGUAAACUUCAAGAAACAAAAUAUGCAACCAUGGGCAAAGACGUACCAGUCGAAAUGAAGAUGCAGAUGGCAAGUUUAAGGGAGCUAGAGGCUGACGUUGGCAUGGCAAUGAAGGCGAAAGAGGAGGAGCUACAACAUAUUAAGGAAGACAGACAGGAAGUGACAUCAGCACUGCGUGAUGCGUCUGCCUGGCUAGGGGAGGCGGAGCUUCGAUUACAGGAACGAAUCAUCAACAUUCCAGACAGUCAGCGGAAACAUCAGGCCCUGCAGGAUGAAUUCUUUGAGUUUAAACAAGUGCUGGAUAAAUUGCGAACCAAAGGUAGUGAUCUGAUCAAACAUACUCCUGACUCAGUGGAGAAACAAAUCGUACAGAAAGCUCUUGCAGACACGAAUCGACAGUGGCUCGCUCUACAAGCAAAAUCGGUUGAGCAUGCUCACAAACUUGCAACAUCUGAAAAACUGUCUGAUUCUUUUAAUGACGUUGCUGAGGCAGUGAGGACUUGGCUGGACGGGGCUGAAUCAGUUGUCAAGGCUAAACCUCAGUAUGGACACUUUGACAAACUAAGGGAACAGCUGAAGCAGCAUAGGAGACUUGCACGCGACCUUGACCACAACCAAGGUCGCCUGGCACACCUUAACUCCUUGUCAAAACAAAUGGAGGAGGUAUGUGACUCAUCAUCAAGUCGUGAACAACUACAGCAGCUGAACCAACGUAUGUACAACCUGCAGACAGACGCUUCGGACAAACUUAGCAAACUAGAGGACGCUACUGAAGAAAUGGAAGAUUUUGAGACUGAACUGGCCAGUCUGCGACAGUGGAUGGACAAUACAAGGGCACAAAUGACCAUGAGGGAUGCCUCAUUGACUCUUAAAGACCAACUGGCCAUGCAGGAGAAACUGGUGGAGGAGAUCGAGAGCAACAAAGGGAAAGCACUCCUGGUGUUACAGAAACAAAAAGAACUCCAGCACGCUGAGAGUGACCAACCAACAACAGACAAGCUGGCGAAGGAGAUAAACCAGCUACAGGCGAUGGCUAGGGAUCAAUGUGCUACACUGAGAGAGGCUGUCGUACAACAGGAACAGUAUGAGGGAGACCUACAGACAUUGACUGCAGCUAUAAACGAGGCUCAGGACAAACUUCUGGCUUCCCCUGUCAAUCCAUCUGAUGUCAACUCCCUUAAAAAGCAGAUUGCGGAACAUAAUGCUCUUGCCAGUAAGAUUAAAACCCAUCAAGCUAAGGUCAAUGACAUAAACGAAAAAAGUCGCGCACUUACUGAGAGAAGUCUUCUGAUUGGCCCAGACACUGCAGAAAAGCUGUGUGAACUUGGAUAUUACCCAUCAACCCUAUCAUCGCUCAAAGUUUCAGUUCGGCCUGAUUCCACAGCUCCCGACAGUGGGGUUUCAAUGUCACCAAUGACCUCCUUUGAUGCUACCCCACAGACAUUUUCAGACGUUGACUUUUCAAACUCUACGCUAAGAUCAGGACGUUCUGGCCGUGAUAAGCUAAGUCACAGGUCAAGUGAUCAGCCAUGUAUGGCGAGUGCCAAUAGUCUCUCUGCUCGUUCCGAUGACACAGAUGUACUUUUAGAUGAAAGUUUGGAGCCUAUGUAUGUGCCAAGAGUCCAUUCAGGCUGCGAGUUGAAAUCACCUGCUCCACAUCAUGAAAUGAAACUGGAUUUAUCAUAUUGGUCAAAAUCAAGUCAACAUGAUGAUCCUGAUCGAGGAGCCUCCGGUGGUAGUGUUCGUUCAACUGACCGACACUCUUCCCCGUGGAGGGCCAGGUCAUCCUCCCCUCAGAGGGAACGGUCAACCUCCCCCCAGAGGGUUAUUCACCACCCCUCGGAGGAGAGGUAUCACCACAGGUACCGACCCCUUUCCAUGCGCUCUCUGUCCCCUGCCUCUAGCAUACAGGCUAGUCCGAGAGAAUGGAAGAAACCAAAGUUAACCCCUCUGGUUCCAUACUCAGAAAUGGAUAUAUCUGCCAGCGUGCCAAACUUACUACAGCCAACAGAGCUAACGCCUCGAGAGAGAAGUGCUUCUUUUGGAUCAAAACUCUCUCGUCCAAAACCACAACAACACCGCCCGCUUGGCCAUAGUGGCCAGGACACACGGCUAGCUCAGCUCAACCAAUCAUGGAACUGUUUACAACAGCAGCUGGGCGUGCGAGAACAGGAGCUACAGCAUGCUCUUCACAAACAGGAACGUUACCAACAGUGUGUCCAGGACGUAACAACAAAGAUGGAACGAGCUCACUUGCGACUCAAUAAAGGCUUUCCCUCGAGUCUGACGGAUCUUGAUCGACAACUAAACGACUACAGAGAGGUCCUACAAGACAUUGAAGGUAUCAAAGAGGACAUCACGCGGGUCAAGGAACGAGGACGGCAGAUCGUGGAGAUGUCAGAUCCUGAGGGCUACAAGGCCAUGCAAGCGACACUCACCAUGCUGUCAGACAGGGUGGAGAGUCUACAAGCCAUGGCAGAUAAUAAGGGCAGACAACUCCAGAGUGCUGUGAAAGAUAAAGAAAAACACAAUAUCUCAUUGAAUGCUUACAAAAAACGAGUGAGAGAACUGGAGGACUGGGUAGACGAGAUGAAGAUUCGACAGUCGACCACACCUCUCCCCUCUGAUACUGUUGACUCCCUCAAACACAACCUUCAUGAGAACCAGUCACUACAGGAUGAGAUUAAUGACAAACUCCAGACGAUAUCUGACCUCGCUGUACAGUGUGAUAACCUCUGUGAGAUGGAGAGUCCGACCAAUGCAGAGAAACUGAAAUCUCAGCUGACAAAUCUGCAGACUCAACUGGGAAAUCUCAAACUGACCUCAAUAGAGAAACAGGCACCUCUACGGUCCGCCAUAAAAGAGAGUGAACGCAGGAAGAAAGAGAUGGAUGACUAUGAAAAUAACCUGAAGAAGCUUCAACAGUGGGUGACAGACACUAAGCAGAUGACAAUGGCUCCCGUUCAUGUUGAACCACUCAUUAUUGGAGAGGACCAGCUGAUCUUACAGCAGAAGCUGAAGUCGGACUUACAUGAGCACCGCCAGUUAGUUCGACAGAUCUCCAGUGACGCUGCCAGUCACGAUACUAGAUACUCCCACCAGCCUCUUCCUGAUCUCACUGCUAUUAACGAGAACGACCUCAAACAGAGGUGGGAGGAGAUCAGUUCAGAACUCGCUCAACGCAAGCAAAGUCUAACAGACAUGUUACGCAAGAAAGAUUCAAUGGAUGGUGCAAAGGGCUACCCAGGCUGGAUGCCAGCUACUGAGGCCAAUGGUCAGCUGAAGGACAUCCGCCAGAAUUUGUCAGAGCUGACCAAUCUCUGGGGUCAGUUGCAGACUCAGGUUGAGGACCGACAGGUGCGUCUUGAUCAGGCCCUGGAAUUCCAGCAAAAGUACCAGGAUGCUCUACAGAGCAUAUCAUGUUGGCUUGACCUUGCCGAGAGGAAACUUUUCUCUCCAGACAUAGACAUGGAUGCAGGCCAGCAGGUCCAGAAAAAUGAGGCACUGCAGCGUGAGAUUAAGCUUCUCCAGAAUGAGAUUAGUCUGAUGGCGCGUACGUCUCAGGACCUGCUGUCAUCUGUUAACAAAGAAAGUCAGGGUCUUGUCGAGGAAAGCCUCGCCAACCUCAACAGUCGCAUUCAGAUCCUAGAAGAGCAGGCUCGUCAACAGGGCGACAAGCUGCGACAGAUUGAUCGCCAGGCCAAACACUAUCAGGAUGAUUUGAGAAAUCUACAGAGAAAUCUUACUGAUAUACGCACAGCGAUGGUGACCUCUAGUCCUUCUGCUUCUCUGGACCAGCUCAUAUCUAAUAUGCAGGUUGCUAUAUACAAGAUUUAUCUACUGGCACUUUUUUCACAGAGAAUCGAGGCACAGAUGAUAAAAUGUGAGAACCAGUUGGAAGAACUAAAGAAGAAAGGACAGGAAUUAGGUACACUUGCACCUCAGAUGGUCAGCCCAACAGAGCUGAAUGCCCUUCAGUCUAGCUACAGAGACCUCAAGCAAAAGGUGAUGGAUAAGAAGGCAGACCUUUUACAGUCGAUGUCCGUUCAGGAUCAGUAUGAGAAGAUGUUAAUUGACUAUGCUGAAUUUCUGGAGACUGCUCAGGACAAACUCAAGUCAGACACAAUUACAGCAAGGGAUUUAGAGAGUCUGAAGCAGCAGCUGGCAGCCCACAAGGAUUUCUUCAGUGACCUUGAGGUUCACCGUGCCAUGCUGGAUUCACUGGCUACUCAGACUGACCAGGCAACACAGAACAAGCAUGCUGCCCAAAACUCCAGACUGACCAAUCUAACAUAUAUCAUUCAAGACAAGGCCAGUCUCUUUGGACAAAAGCUUGACAGACUGGUCAGACAGUGGACAGAAGUUAAUGAUAAACAUGGACAAUUGGAACGUUUCUUGGACACAAUUGAGGAAGAAGUUCCUGAACCAGUAUCCAAAAGUGACUCUAUGGCUACUAUUCAAGAGAAAAUGGUCACCUACCAACGAUUACAACAGGAAAUCACGGAGCAGAAACCAAUUUUGUACCAGGUGGUUGACAAGGGCAAACAACUCUUACACAGCGUAACUUGUCCAACUCUUGAAAACACAGUGGCUGAGGCAGGGGAGAGAUGGGUCACACUCACCACCAAUAUCUCACAUCAACUCAAAAAAACUGAAACACUUGGAGACCAACUACAGGAGUUUGAAGGAGAAGCCACGCUAUUUAGAUCCUGGCUCAGUACAGCCAAGCUCAAAUUGGGUGACAUCAAGCAUUUGUCUGAGCAAGAUCAGCAUAGUAUCGCGACCAUUCGUAGCAAAGUUGAUAAACUCUUGGAGUUCCGUAAGGAAGUGGAGACCCAGAUUCCACUAAAGAACAAAAUACUAUCUGUCGGGAAGCAACUCUCACAGAAUGCUUCCUAUAGCAUGGCUGACUUGGAAACCUGCCUCGCCUGGUUUGAGGAUCAGUGGGGACUUCUCCAGCAUGACAUUGGGAAAGCAGAGGAAUACCUCCAUACUGCACAAAUGGACCUGAUGCCAUCACGACAGGCUCUGCAUGAACUGGGGGCUUGGCUUACCGAUAUGGAGGGUGCUGUCGCUGACGAAAAACAGCGACCAGUGAAGGACUUGGCCGACAUAGAUAUCCUCCUUAAAAAAUUCAAGGAUUUCAAGAUCGAACUACAAAACAAACAACUGACAAUGGACUUUGUUAACCAGUCAGCACUACAGACAAGUGUUCCAGAUGGAGAGGAGGUCCCUAUGUCUGCUGACAAAACAGACUUCGCUGAACGACUCGGUCAUCUGAACAAACGAUGGCAAACGCUAAGCCAGGAUGUGUCAGGAAAGCUGAAAUCACUGGAGAUGAUGCACACCAAGUUGAUGGAAUAUAAUCGUGCUUUACUCCGACUCCAAGAAUGGUUCUGCGACCAGGAGGACAAGGUCAAGAGAUACCGACUCAUAGGUCACGAAGUUAGUAUCCGGCAGACCAUCAAGGAUUGUAAGGUAUUAGAGCGUACCUUGGCUGGUAAGGAGGGUGACAUUCAGAAUGUGAAGGAACUGGGUUCACGGUUGGUAAGUCUGAGUGAGGACUCUCCAGAGUGUCAGAGGAACAUCAAAGCAAGCAUGGACAACCUCGAUCAGCAGUGGAACCAUCUAUCACAGCAAGUAAAGGAGCUGGAAUCAACGCUGCUCGACUUCUGUAACCAAUGGCAGGCUUACUCCAAGGAGCUGCAGAAUACCAACCAAAUCCUGUCAGAGACGGACUACUGUCUGGGUCGCUACAACCUUGUGGGCGGGGACAUCACUACCCUAAGGAUGCAGGUUGACAAACUUAAGAGUCUUUGUGGAGAGAUAGAGAGAAGCACGGCGGGCUAUGAUCGCUUUGUUACCCUUGGAAACCAGUUAAUACAAGUGUGUGAAGCACCAGUUCGCAAGGAAAUACAGACAACGCUGUCAGAUGUCAGUGGAAAAUGGCGCCGUACAUGUGGAGAGCUCCAGGACCGUAGUGCACGAUUUGAGGACUGUCUUCAGCAGUGGCAGCAGUAUGAAGAAGAGUACAACUACGCACGGCGUUGGCUCGACACCAAAGAGAGGCAGUGUAAUGACCUGGUGGCAGUUCGAGAAGACAGCUCACAGCGUGAAGAAUCUCUACAGCAGAGCAAGGCACUGCAGCGAGAGCUUGAUCAUUUCCAGUCACGCCUUGGAUCACUCUAUCAACUCAGUGACAGCAUCACAAAAAACAUGGACACCUCAUCCAUCGUCGGGAUCACCUCACGUCAAAAUGCCAUUGAAGCUCGGGUCAUGGCUCUACGUCAACUCCUUGCCAAGCAAGUGAAGCUGCUUCAAGGGGAUUUAUCACAGAGACAGCGCUUCAAAGAGCUUUUUGCAUCUAUGACUGCAUUCCUUGAUGAAGCUGAACACACCCUUGCUGUAGAAGAGCCUCCAAGUUCAUCAGAGGACCUGGCACUUCAGAAAAGAUAUAAUGAGAUAAAAUACCUCACACUCCAAUUCAAUAACAACAUGUCUCAGCUAGACGCACUCAAUGACCUGGGAUACAGAAUGGCUCUGAGUGAGGAGAGUUCAGUGGCACUUCGGGAACUGAACCACAGAUUUCAGAGACUUUACAGUGAGACAAAAGAACAGAACAAGACACUCCAAGGUGUCAUACUGAUUCAGCAGGACUUCACAGAAAAGUGUGAUGCCUGGAUGACAUUCCUUGCUCAGACAGAACAGGACUUGUCCACAGAGAUUGCUGGUAACCUUGCUGAUCUGACUGAUCAACAAAGGAAUUGUGAGAAGUUUGAGUCGGACAUGUACACCAAACAACAGAUCUUACACGCCAUUAUCAGUGAUGGACAGAAAAUGAUGAAGGAAGGAAAAGUAGAAGACAAAGAAGAGUUCCAACAAAAGCUGCACCUGCUGGCUGAACAGUGGCAGAGUGUGGUACGACGAGCCAAUCAGAGGAAAGCUAUCAUAGACAAUACAAUCAAACAGUGGCAAGCCUUCAACGAUUUGACAGAACGACUUCGUGAUUGGCUGACAGAAAAAGAAUUUGGAAUGAAGGCUUUCGAGGUUGACUUAGUAUCAUUACAGAAAAUCAAAAAUCUACUGGACAAAGCCAGACACACACAGACGGAGUUCCGACUACAAGAGGAUGUGCUGAAGAAGAUUCAGGACCAAAGUAAAGUAUUGUUACUACGAGCAGAUUCUGACGCCACUGAUGAGCUGAAAGUUUGCACAGCACAGCUGCAACAAUACUGGCACCAAUUGAGCAGCUGCCUAGAGGACCAUUGUCAGAGACUAGAGGCAGUACUCAAACAGUGGCAGGAGUGCGAGGGGGACAUUGAGGACAUCCUCAGCUGGCUGAAAGACACAAGACACAAACUGGCUGCAGAGCUCCCUACUGCCUACGACAAACUGCAGUUCGAGUUACACAGGUGCAAGGAUAUAGAGGCGGAGUUUACCAAUGCUGAGAUCAAACGCGAUGCACUGUUAGCAAAGGAGAGGAGACUUGGGGAAGUCAUUCAACCGGAUGACCUUAAUGUCCUCCAUCAAAGAGUCAGACUACUCAAUAAACAGUGGGACGAACUCCGUAACCAGGCAGCACUCCGUGCACAGCGUAUUAACGACAACAUGUUCCGAUGGUCAACCUUUAACGAACGUGUCCAUGACCUCAUGGAAUGGAUUGAUCAGAUGGAGGUCAAGGUCAUCUCUUCAAAGGAGUAUCAUAUAGAGGACUUGCUAACAAAGAUGCAGAAGGACUUCCGAGAGGAAAUGGCUGACAGAGAAAGAGACAAAAUUCGGCUUGUUGAACAAGGAAGGGAGCUAAUGAAGGUCAGCAGUGAGGUGCGGUCCUCGGACAUCGACAAUAGGAUACAGCGACUGGAGGAAAAAUGGCAGCAUCUCAGCUCUGUACUAAGCUUCAGACAGAGGAAGUUACAAGAGACACUGUUAGCAGUGCAGCAGCUGGACCUUAGUAUGGCCAACCUUCGCAAGUGGCUCUCAAACAUGGAGCAUGACCUUAGUGGACCUAUCAUCUAUGAAGUGUGUAACCGCAAGGAAAUCCAGGAGAAGCUUGGUGAACAACAGGAGUUACAGUCAGAUAUAGAACAUCAUAGUGCUGGUGUAGGAUCUGUCCUCAACUUGUGUGAGGUUCUCCUGCAUGACACAGAUGCAUGUCCAUCUGAGGUUGAAUUCAAUGCCCUCCAGACUGCUAUGAAAAACCUGGACAGGAGAUGGCGCAUGAUUUGUCAGCAGUCACCAGCACGACGUGCAAAGAUUGAGGAGACAUGGGAGUUGUGGCAGGCCCUACUUGAGGACUUCAAACUGUUUGAUGAUUGGCUAACAGAUAUUGAACAAGAGGUCAUUGGAUCACCUCGCGACCAGUUAGAUGUCAGUCUUACCAAAGAGGAAGUGAAACACUUUGAGAAUCUACAGAAAAGAGUCCAUGAAAAACUACCCAGUUUGGAAAGCAUCAAUCGUCGGUAUCGCCGUCUCGCACGAGAGGGUCGCACUGAUCAUUCUAACCACCUCAAACGGGAAAUGCAAGACGCAAACAAUCGGUGGGACAAGCUCCAGCAGUGUGUGUCGACAAUGACCCGUCAACUCAAACAGUCGUCGACUCUACGCCAGGACUUCACCUUGGUACGCGAUGACCUGUACACCUGGCUCAACGACAUUGACAUGCAGCUUACCAAUAUUGAACACUUGUUAUCAAUGGAUACACCAACAAAGAUGGCAGAAACAAGGAGACUUCAGGACGAGAUAGAUGGAAAGAAGCCACGACUGGAUUACCUAGACCAGUCUGCACUCUAUCUCAUACAGAAAGGUGACAGUGUAGAUGCAGCCCUCGUCCAGAAAGAACUGGACGACUUCAAGAUUUAUUCUCGAAAGGUGUUUGACCGUAUCAACAAGUAUCAGGAAAAGUUACGUCGUAUUGCCGAUGCUCAGGAGGAAGAAAAGAUGAAAGCUGACCAACAGAUCCGUGAAGGUGUAGAUGAAAUUGAUUUGUUGGAACGUCAGUUAAAGGCUCCAGACAGCCUGGACUGGGACAUGCAGGAACUGGAAGCAUACCUUGAGGCCUCACCCCCAGAGAGUCCACCAGAAAAGCGACGAGCCGCAGGGCAGGGAAUUCUACAGCAGCGCCCUCUGUCACCAGUCAGAGCAUCAAGGUCACAGAGGUCAAGGUCACCUACAAGAUCAUCUUCACCACUCAGAACAUCAUCACCAUCCUCCAGAGGACGCUCACCGUUCCGAGAAAAGUCUCCCAGCCGCUACGCUAAUAGGUCUCCUAUCAGAUCGCCUCGUGUAGGCUCACCUAGCCGGUCAGAGACAAGCUUCACAGGUCAGCUGUCAAUCUCUUCAAGUAUUAGCCUCUCCAGAGAUGAGAGAAAGAAGCGUAUGAGAGAGGAGCUCAGCCUGAGAAGUAGAGAAUCCAAAGUUGAAUCCUUACUUGAGAAUCUGGUGGAUGCUUUAGAGGAUGCCAAACACAAGUUGCGGGUGGCAGAACGGGAAAUGAGAUGUUCCACCCCUACGGGCCCUGGAAUCGAUCACAGUGCAGCAGACUAUGGUCAAACCAUGUCUGAAUGUGAGCAGAGCGUGGACACUGUCCGACGGCUUGACCGACUAGCAAAGUCAGAAACUGGUCUUUCUGUAAUACCCACUGCCGAUGAGGAAGUUAGAAACGUGCUGCAGCGCUGGGAGAGGCUACAAGCUCAGGCUAUAGAGAAGGAUUACCGUCUGUCACAGCACCGUCAGGACUGGGGUCAAUUCCGAACAGACCUUGACAACAUGCUCACCUGGCUGGACAAUGCAGAAGCCAUGCAGUCUGGACAUUCUCGUCUCCCUGAUGAUAUUGUCCAGCUUGACUCCAUCAUCAGACAACACAAGGACUUUUUAGUUCAGCUAGAAUCAAAGAAAACUAGAGUGCUUUCAAUCAAUCUCAUCAGUAAAAACUUCAUAGACAUUCGUACUGACGAAGGUCGUUUGCUGAAGGACAAAUUACGUCAGAUGAACCGACGUUGGGAGGCCAUGUGUGCUCAUGCAACAACGCUACAGCAGGAACUACAGGUGGCACUGAUGCAGUGUCAGGAAUUCCACCACACCAUACAUGACCUGUUGCUGUGGCUGGAAAAAAUUGAGACCAAACUACAACAAAAUGAGCCCAUCAACCUUGGUGCUGAUCGCAGCGCUCUCUGGUCAAAACUGAAGAAACUCCAGGAGAUCAAGUCCGAGUUGCAAGGCAACCAGCCUCGUGUGACUUCACUGAAAGACACAGCGGACCAGCUGUUGAUGAACACUGACUCGACAGAGAUGGUAAAUGCCAAGGACAAAAUGCACAUCAUUGCCAACCGUUUACGUGCUCUACUACGUCUGUGUUCUUCAUACAUCCUAAGUCUGGAGGACCGACUCGAGAUCCGACCCCAUUCCAAAUCGGCAUCGGUAAAUUUAAGUACCAGCUCUGUUGGGUCACAUUCUAUUAGGACCAGUACGCCAAGAUUCUCUCCAAGCUACCGACCUGCAUCAUUCCUCAGAAACAGGACACGCUCACCGUUAGCCCUUUCCCGACAGCUGUUUCACGGACUGGCGCGGCCAUUGCUGGGAGCAGGGGCAGCUGCCCCACAUUCGGACAACUUAACAGGACAACAUGAUGAGGAUCGUGUUCCUGCAGGACUGUUACGCAGGGUGUUAUGGACGGCACUGCCAUUACAUCUGCUCUUCUUCUUGUUGCUAGGCGUAGCUAUUCUGGUUCCCGUGACAGAAGAUGAUUAUAGCUGUGAUCUAGUGAAUAAUUUCAGGCGAUCACUUGGACCGAUGCUACGGUAUAUGGAUGGUCCUCCACCCACGUGAUAAGACUUUGUUACCGUUGUUAAAUUAUUACUAUUUAAAUGCAGUAUUCAGAGACUGUUUUGUUGUUGUUGGAAUGGUGUCCGAGACUCCAUUGUGAAGCUGGUCACUUGUGACCUCUAUUAAUGUGAUUGGACGGUCAUUACUUACUGUCCCGAGUACUAAUUACUUGCCAUACGUUUACCAAACUAAUCUCAUGUCUCAUCAACUACAUACAUUAAAGUAUUUCAAAUAUGUGUAACAUGCAGCCGCAUAUAUAAAUAGCUUCUAUGCAGCUAGAUGGAUAGAAUUGUACCAAGUUUAAAGUAUUAUGGUCAGUGUUAGAUAUAUAGGAGUGACAUGUCCCAUUAAUAGCUAUUUAUUAUUGUCAGUGUUAGAUAUGUAGGAGUGACGUGUCCCAUUAAUAGCUAUUUAUUAUUGUCAGUGUUAGAUAUGUAGGAGUGACGUGUCCAGUUUACUAGCUAUUUAUUAUUGCAUUAUUAUCGUCCAUUUUUAUUUACAAAUUUUAUGCAGUCUGCAGAAAAAUAUAGAAAAAAGUGAGAAGUUUCACCAAAGUGUAGUUUUGUGAUGUCCUCAAUUACCAGUAUAGUCAGGUGUUCUCACUAGGUAGAUUAGUCUUGUUCUCAUGAGAGAGGGUAUAAUUCCGUCCUCAUGACAGAGGUCAGUUCCAUUCUCAGGAGAGAGAGUGGUUCCAUUCUCUUUAGAGAGUGUUGUUCCAUUUUCAGGAGAGAGAGAGUGGUUCCUUUCUCUUGAGAGAGUGUUGUUCCUUUCUCAGGAGAGAGAGAGUGUUGUUCCUUUCUCAGGAGAGAGAGUGUUGUCCUGUUCUUACGAGAGAAUUGUUUAAUACUCUUACCAUUAACUGUUGGCAGUGACGAGUAAAACUCCCUAUUUAUGAUUAUUCUUGAUAACUGUCUUUGAUUAGGAUGGCAUAUAUCACAAUAUUUGUCUCUUUAAUGUCCCCUGUCUCCGCCCAGUGAUGUUUUACGGACUGCUGAAGCAUGAAGCUGCGAGCACGACGGGAUUCCCCGGUCUCUAGUGCUACUAUUCCUUGUUCAUUAUGUGAGGUGAAUCUGAUAAGCAUAUGUACUCAGUCUGUAAGAUGUGUACGUAAUCCUGCCUAUUGCUUUGUUAAAGGCAGCAAUACCGACUGUGAUAAACCUUUGACAUUAUUUCAUGUAGUCAGUGUGUUGUAAUUAUUUAAACAUGUGCUUUUUGCUUAAUUUUAUUUUUAGAAUCAUGUGAAAGGAAAGAUCUGCCAGGAUUUUUUAAACAAGUUUGGAAAUUUUAACUCUGUUUUGUGUACCUAUGUAAAUUAUAUUCAUUUUAAAUAAGACAUUUUAUUUGUAACGAUUUUUACCAGUUUUUUUUUUACUUACGAUGAUUUCCUUUAAAUAACCUAUAUGUAUGUGUUGUAUUACCUAUAUUCCUACUGUAUAUAAUGUUAGUCAGCUGGAACUAUUGAUAUCUACAAUAUUAUUUUAAUCCUAAAUGUAUUUAGAAUCAUGCUGUGGCGUAGCUGUUCAUAAUCUUUCAGAAAUAUUUUGUUAAGAAAAUGUAAUAUUAAAUGUGAUAUAACAAUGAA